AUGAGAACAGAGGAAAUUGUCAUAAAGCAUAUAAACUCAUUCAAUCCGGUAGUAUCUCACUAUAAUUUAAAGCACACCCCGAAUAGACGAUUCUUGCCACCUGACUUGACCAUUAAAUACAUGUGGCAAGACUUCUGUAAUCUACAGAAAAUUUCAUAUGAUCUAUACAGAAGAAUUUUUGAAAAACAGAAUAUUGGGUUUAAAAAGCCAUCGCAAGACGAAUGCGCUCAGUGUCUAAAACAUAAAGUUCACAUUAUUCGCCAAUGCGACGCAAGUAGUUGCAAGAUUUGUUGUCAAUUCGAAAACCACAAAAAAAGUUAUACGGAAGCAAGACAGCACUAUGAAAAUGACUCCAAUCAAGAGGUAAUGCAAGAUGAGAAGGUCUAUGCUGUAGAUAUGCAGAAAGUCUUACUCUUGCCCAAAAUGUCAACCAAGGAAUCUUUUUUUGUUUCAAGGUUGGUCGUAUUCAAUGAGACGUUUGCGUCACUUCAUAAGGACGGAAAUAUUUGCGUGAUGUGGCAUGAGGCUAUAAGAGGCAGGUCCGCGACGGAUGUUGCAUCGGCAUACUACAACGUAAUAAAAAAUUCAGACAAUGUUACCAAAAAAUUUACAUUCUGGGUAGACAACUGUUCUGCUCAGAACAAGAAUUGGACACUAUAUUCUGCUUUUGCGACUUUUGUAAAUUGUGAAUGGGGUCCAGAAGAGAUCACCCUAAAAUAUUUUGAACCAGGCCAUUCAUUUAUGGCUGCGGAUUCGGUUCAUGGCCGAAUCAGCACAGAAAUGAAAAAACACCCAAACAUUUAUGAUUUUGAACAGCUUCUGAAAAUAAAUGAGCAGUUCUCAAAAAAAACUAAAUGUUUGCCUAUAAAUAAUUUUGAUUUUUUCCUCUUUGAAGAUGGAAGCAAACAAAGAAAAAGCAAUAAUAUACCUCUUCUUGAAAAAAUUAAGCGCUCAGUUUCGCAAAGGAUGCAGACACUUGUUUUAUAA